AUUAAUAUCGAAAGACAGUUCGUUUAAUUUAGUAUUUAAAGUUACGUUUAAAGUAGGUUUUUUGCUAAGUCUGUCCUGCGUUUCUCUGUUUCAAAAUGGAUGAAUCUAAGGAACAGUGUGCUGUAGUUGAAAAUUCCCCUUCUAGUUCAAGAAAUUUAAACAAUCCUAUCCCAGAAGAAGCUGUUGGUAAUUUUAUCGCAGGAAAACGGCACAUGCUGGUGCAAGACUAUAAGUUUGCUGUUCAGAAUCUAGCUACAGCUUGUGAAAUGUAUGCUGAUCAUUAUGGUGAACUGGCCCUAGAUUGUGCUGAAGUAUAUUUCUUGUAUGGCAAGGCUCUGUUUCGUCUUUCACAGCAACAAGCUGGUGUCCUUGGUGAUGCUCUAAAUGAAGGAUCAAAUGAAGAUGAUGAGAGUGGUAAUACUUCUGGUGAAGAAAGUAAAGAAAAUGAAAGUGAAAAAAAUUCAGAUGAAGGUGAAGAAAAUGAUGAAAACGAGCAAGAAAAGGAAAACGAGCCUUCUGAGUCAACUGAUUCACCUCAACAAAUUCUGGAUGAAAGUAGUACUGAAGCGAAAGAAGUAGCCGGUGAGGUUGAAGAAAAUAGUAAAGAAGUCAAGAACAAGGAAGAAGAUAGUAAAGAACAAAAAAACAAGGAAGAAGAAAAGCUCAAAAGCAAUGAAGCAAAUGAAGAUGAAAAAAGCAAUGAGGGAAAUGAAGACAGUAAAACCAAUGAAGCGAAUGAAGAGCAAAGCAAUGAAGAACCAAAAGACUCUGCAGAGCAAGAAAGCCAGGGUAAAGAGGAUCAGGCUUCUGAGGAAGAUGAUUUAGAAUUAGCAUGGAACACACUGGAGACAGCAAAACAAAUAUUUAAAAGACAAGAAGGUGUUCAAUAUCAGCUUAAAGUAGCAGAAAUUUUGCAGUUGUUAGCUGAAAUAAGCAUGGAAUCUGACAACAAUCAAGCUGCCAUAAUUGAUCUGAAAGAGUGUUUAACGAUACAACAGAAACAUCUUAAACCAGAUGAUAGAAUUCUCGCAGAAACAUAUUACCAAAUGGGAUUAGCUCAAAUGCUUGAUAAACAGUAUUCUGAUGCACGAGAAAACUUCAAAACUACAAUGGACAUUCUUGAACUGAGGAUUAAAAAUCUCAGAAAUUCUAAAAGUCCCGAUGAGAAAGACAGUUUUAAAAAUGCAGAUAUUGACAAAGAAAUCCAAGAUCUUGAAAGUAUUUUGGGAGAUAUUAAAGAAAAGGUUGAAGACACAGAGGAAUUGAUACGUAAUACAAAGAAAGAGCUGGAAGAUGCCUUUGCAAAUGGAAUAUUAGGUUUAAAGCCGGUCCAAUCAGCUGGUGAAAGCAGCACUAGUAGCAGUAGUAAGCCUGUGUCUAACAUAACACAUCUGCUGAAGCGCAAGAAGCCAGAAGAAGCUGGAAAUGAAGCAGAAGCAAAAAGGCUGAAGACAAGUACAGGUGUCUCAAAUGGUGAAUCCAGUGUAGCAGUGGAUACUGUGUCCAGUUCAAAUUCUGCAGCAUGAACAAAAAGGUUGAAUUAUAUUUGUUCUCACUUGGAUUUGCAGUUUCAUAUUAUUUGAAUCUGAUGUAAAUAUACCAUGUAGAUGAGUUUUAUGAAUGUAAUCAAUAACUUAUAUUGUAUGAAUUUCAACAUUUGUACAUUUUUACAUUUUUUCAUAAAGCAGUUUUUUCUA